AGAGGCGAGAAUUUCUGUGGGUUCGACUCUAGAAUUUCAGAGAACCGAGCGUUUCAAUUAGGGUUACGUAACUGAAAAUGAGUAGCGGCGGGGGUGCAGGGAAGGGCGGCGCUGGUAGAGGCAAGGCGAAAGCCACGAAAUCGGUGUCUCGAUCUUCUAAGGCGGGGCUCCAGUUCCCGGUCGGCAGGAUCGCUCGAUUCCUCAAGGCUGGAAAGUACGCCGAGCGUGUUGGUGCCGGAGCUCCGGUUUAUCUCGCUGCUGUUCUUGAAUAUCUCGCUGCUGAGGUGUUGGAAUUGGCUGGGAAUGCAGCAAGGGACAACAAGAAGAAUCGCAUAGUGCCAAGGCACAUUCAAUUGGCUGUGAGGAAUGAUGAAGAGCUUAGCAAGCUUCUGGGUGAUGUAACUAUUGCCAAUGGGGGUGUUUUGCCCAAUAUCCAUCAGACUUUGCUGCCAAAGAAGGCUGGCUCUGGAAAGGGUGAAAUUGGCUCUGCUUCUCAGGAGUUUUAGGGUGUUUUUUUUUGUUAUGCCCCUUGGUAGGGGUUAAGUGAAGGUGAAAAUGGAAGUUUAUGUAUAUUAGCUAGCUACUAUUGAAUGGUUUGAAAUCAAGAAAUGCAAUGAAAUUGCAAUUUUGGCUCUAAAUAUAUUGUUCUCACAUCUGAUUAGUGUUCAUGGAGGUGCCUUUUGUUUGGAUAUCAAUUGCAUUUGUUUAAUGUGUUGAUUGGAA